UAUAUAAGGACUUGGAUCCAACCACAACUCUCUAAUUCAUGCAAAGUCCGCCAUUACAGUUGCGUUUACAGGAAAAGGAAAUAUGCCUGAGAAUUCUGGAGUUGAGAACCUUUUGAACAAUGUUCUCGAAACGGUUGGUGAAAGUAUUGCAAAGAAGAAAACAGUGCCCUUUGCUGAGGAAGAAUCAUCUAUUUCUUCCCAGUUCAAUAGACUUUUCGGACGUGAAAAGCCUGUUCAUAAGGUUCUCGGGGGUGGAAAAUCUGCUGAUGUAUUGCUAUGGAGGAACAAGAAGAUCUCUUCAAGUGUCUUAACUGGGGCAACAUUGGUUUGGGUUCUCUUUGAAUGGCUUAAUUAUCACUUUCUGUCGCUUGUAUGCUUUGGACUGGUUCUUGGUAUGUUGAUUCUUUUCCUGUGGUCCAACGCAUCGGGUAUGAUCAGCAGAUCUCCACCCGAAGUACCUCGUAUUACUUUGCCCGAGGAGCUAUUUGUGAACGUGGCUGUCUCAGCUGGAGCUCAAGUAAAUCUGGUUUUGGGUUUUCUUCAAGAUGUUGCAUGUGGAAGAAAUCUGAAGCAAUUUCUUAUUGUUGCUGCAAGCUUGUUGGCUCUUUCUGUGAUAGGGAGCUGGUGCAAUUUCAUUACUGUCUUGUAUCUUGGCUUUGUUGCUGCACAUACUUUACCAGUCCUUUACGAGAAAUAUGACGACCAAGUGGACGGGUUUGUGUACAAGGUAUUGAAUCAGCUUCAACACGGUUACAAGAAAUUUGACUCACGAGUUCUCACCAAAAUUCCGACGAGGCCAAAGAAAUCAGACUGAAAACUGAUUAAGUUUCGAAGUGUUCAUAAGUUUGUGUCAUUUGUAAUGUGUAACAUUUGCUGAGAUUGGGGCCUGUCUUCCCCACUGGAUUACCCAAAAAACAUUUGCAAAGAAAAUUCAGUUUCAAGACAUGUAUUUAGCCCUCUGGCUGCCACAUUUGUAUUUUGCAACAUUUUCUAUUAUGGUCAUGUUACAGUGUAAGAUCUAUUUAUGAAAAUAUUGAAAACCUGGUUUGUGUA